UUAAAUAUUCUGCAAAAAAAAAAAAAAAAGGGGCGAGUCCUCCGCCCGACGGGACACCAUACAGCGUCUCAAUAACUAAACAUGAGAGAUUAAAACUUGAAAAAAGUCCAAUGUCCUGAAGUAGGUGAAGGUAGAGAGGUAGAGGUAGAUGUAGAUAAGCUACAAGACUCGACUCGCGGUGUGUGCCCUGUGCCCAUCUAGUGUGUGUGUAUGUGCGUGUGCGUGUGUUCUCCUUCAUGUUCUUGUCCUUGUUCUUGUGUCUCCCCAACCACCCUUGUUCCAAUUUCUCUCUCUCUCUCUCUCUCUCUCUCUCUCAACUUGCUUCCCUCCUUGCAUCCCAUCCCCUUCACUGCAAAUUCUUCAGUCUCUUUCCAUCCAUCCAACAUCCUGUUUCAUACAACGCCAUCUGCGUAACCAUCCACCAUGCGCGUCCCCAACCCCCUCCCCUACAGCAUCUUCUUCUUCCUACAUCCUUUCUACCUGAACCUGACCUGACACAGCAGCAAGCUAGUACCACUGUACCACCACCGCUGCGCAUCCGAGCCGCAUGAACCCCUAACUCCUACAUGACCCUGCCCAUUGCCACACAUACGCCACU